AUCUAUAAGGUCACGUGACCUAUCUAAACACAACAGGCAAGAUGGCGGACUCAGUUGCAGAUUCAACAAAAAGUGAAGAUAGUGAAAACAAUACAGAGGGUACUGAGAGGGUAUCAACAUCAACUGAAGGCCCAGCGGGAGCUGCAGAUCCUCCUCAUAGAAAUGGCGCCUCUGUGAUUCAACCUUCCAAGCUGGGUGGGUUUAGGCCUGGAUUCUCAGCAUUUGGAGGAUCAGGGGCGAAUACUGGUGCUUUCUCAUCCAACCCAUUUGCUCCACGUGCCACUCUGAAAUCUGAUGUCGUAUCCACUGGGUCAGCACACCCUCACCCACAUGAAGGUACAGGUCUAAUAGCACCUAGUCGCUUCAUGGUCAACCCAUUCAUGUCCCUCGACAAGUCUGCCUCGCAAAGUGAUAAUGAUUCUGACGUUGAUCUCCCGGGAGAGAACCGCAAGUUCCAGCUGCGGCCCUCAGCCCUCACAAACCAGGUGGAAACACUGAAGAGUAAAGGACGGACCUCACCACAACCUGCUGUUCAGUCAUCAAUACUCAAGCCUGCUACGCUACCUGAUCCUCGACAGCCCCCUGACAGUAAAGAGAGUCCCACGAAGGAGGGGGAGGAUGAUGAUGACGAGGAAGCAAGCGAGGACAAGGAGGUGUCGUCCACGUCACUCCCAGUCAAAAGCCCAGACAAACCCCAGGCAGCCAAACAGAUCACCGACAACGGCCUCUUCUCUGCCGCUGCAGCCGUUGCCCCAGAAAACAGUGUGGCAGAUUCUACAUCAAAAUCAGCGGCGGGGGCUGAAGGAGGGGAAUUUAUAUUCGGACAAAAUUUAACAGAACGAGUCACAGGAGUGUCUUCAUCACAGGCUGCCAGUGAGUCGGCGUCAGGAUUCGUGUUUGGUCAGAAUUUGGCCGACAGAGUCGUCCAUUCAGAUGCAGGUUCGCCCCCACCUGACACGGAAACAAACGGGAAGGAAGCAGAGUCAUGUCCCUCAGACUCUGGGGGGCAGACACUGGAGGAAUCAGCGCGAGAGUACCAGGCCAAGCACGGAGUUAAGCCCGAUCUUAAAGAAGUGGAGAUAGUUACUGGCGAGGAGGAUGAAUCUAAUGUACUGCAGGCAAAUUGUAAAUUAUUUUUAUUUGAUGGAGAAAAACAGAAUUGGAAUGAAAGAGGCCGAGGUGUAUUAAAACUUAAUGAUAUGUCUCCAUCAAACCCUGCUGAGCAGUUUCAUUCUCGUUUAAUUAUGCGCACACAAGGUAGUUUGCGGCUAAUACUCAACACCAAAAUCUGGUCAGGCAUGAUGGUGGAGAGAGCUAGUUCCAAGAGUUUACGUAUCACAGCAACAGAUGGCGAUGAUGGUGUCAAAGUCUUCUUGGUCACUGCUGCCCCCAAAGACAGUGAAAAUAUUUUGCGAGCAAUUGAUUGGCGAGUCCAAAGGCUGAAAAUGUGGGAGGAGAAGGAGAGAUCACGCGGUGAUGACCGAGUAAGCGAGAAGAGGAAGGCCGACUCUACAGAUGCACAAGAUUCGCCUUUGAAACGACAAAAAAAGCCAACAGCCCCACACCAAGCAGAAGGAGCACCCACCAACCUAAGACGUGAGGAGUCCGACAGCAGUGUACAGGACCCAGAAACAGAAGCAUCCUGUGAAAGUUUCUCAUCCUCAUUUACAGUACGAUCUGAAUCUGACUGAGUUACCAUGGCAGCAGUCUCAUCAAGUUACCGUGGCAACAGACCAGCUCACUUCAAGGUGUAGAACUUGAUAUGCUAAUUGAUGUGGAAACCAGUGAUGGAUCAAACAGACAUCAGUUUAACGUAUUAACGGAUUGCUGUCUUCCUGUUGCCACAUGUGUGACACUGAAGUGUGUCAAGUGGCUGCCAUGGUUACAUCGUUAUCAACAUGUUUACAGUCACAUCAAUGUUCAUUGAGAAGAUACGCCACUGACUUCUAUUGUUGAAGGACAAUUGUUUGAAAUGGUUCUUCUGACAGCAUUGCCAUAAAAAACUGUAGAUAUGACAAGUGUCUUGUGCAAUGUUAGCAAAGAAUCUCUGACUUGUGUAUGAAGUAUUUUUGUAGGCGAGUUCUACUGCGGUCAUGCUUCUCUGUCUAUACACACUACUAACGAGCGUGUUCGGAGAUACCCAUGGUAACAGUACUGGUAAUUAUCAUUAACAGAAAUUGAGACUUGCGUCAACAUUUGCUGUAACUUUGUACGGAUAAAAUGUUUUCCUCAUUUUAA